CUUUUGAACAGGUUGUUGGUGAGAGCAUCUGUAGAAGGCUACGGAAGAAAAGCAGAGGGAUUUCAAAGGGGAAUGAGCGUUAAUAUAGCAAGAAACGAAAAGAAAGAAAUUCUUGUUAUUGAGUUAGACGGCAAGCGUCCAUUCUCCGGUGCGGACAGCUGCGGUCCAGGUGAUACAAACGAAUCUUUAGACGAAGGCAGAAGAAUGAGCCGGAGAAAGAAGGCAAAGGUGGAGUAUCGGGAGAUGGAGGAGAAGUAUAAUCAACUGUUAGAGGAAGAAGAUGCUUCAGACGCCUCUGAAAAAUCCAAGGGAGGUGGCACUCCAACACCAGAUAAGAAAUUUUUAGCUCAAGAGUCUGUGAAGAAGGAACCUCCAAAUCCUGAACCAUUAUCUGCUGUUCCUAAUACUACUGCUACGAUCACGACCAAGAUUGAGAAGGAAGAAGAAGUUGAACCAGACUCAGAACAAGAUGACCCAACAGGUUUGGAAGGAGCUGCCUUUCAGAGUCGAUUACCAUUUGAUAAAAUGACUGCAACCGAAGCUGCAUGCUUUCCAGAUGUGGCCCAGGGACCUCCUCAAACUCAAAAAGUGUUUUUACAUAUUCGGAAUCGCUUGCUCCAGUUGUGGUUGGAAAAUCCUAAACAACAAUUGCUCUUUGAGAAUGCUUUGCCGCAAGUUGAACCUCCUUACAACAGUGAUGCACCUUUAGUAAUGAGAGUGCAUGCAUUCCUUGAACGUCAUGGAUUCAUUAAUUUUGGAAUUUUCAAGAGACUCAAGCAACUCCCAAUCAAGAAGCAGGGAAAGAUUAUUGUGAUUGGUGCUGGGAUCGCUGGUCUUGCAGCAGCUCAACAACUGCAGCAGUUUGGAAUGGAAGUUGUGGUCUUGGAAGCUCGGGAUCGUGUUGGUGGCCGAAUCGCUACAUUCCGUAAAUCAAACUACAUUGCUGAUUUAGGAGCUAUGGUGGUGACGGGUCUCGGAGGUAAUCCAGUAACAGUUUUGUCAAAACAAAUCAACAUGGAGUUGCACAAGAUAAGACAGAAGUGUCCUCUCUACGAAUCUAAUGGAAAUACUGUGCCUAAAGACAAAGAUGAAAUGGUUGAAAGAGAAUUCAACCGUUUGCUUGAAGCAACUAGUUAUCUGUCUCAUCAAUUGGAUUUCAAUUACGCUGGUGGAAAACCUGUGUCUCUGGGUCAGGCACUAGAAUGGGUUAUAAAGUUACAAGAGAAAAGUGUGAAGGAAAAGCAGGUUCAACAUUGGAAGGCAGUGAUUAACCUUCAAGAACGUCUGAAAACUAAUCAGCUACGGAUGUUGUCUUUGAAAGAAAAAAUUGAUGAGAUGAAUAAACAAUACAAAGAGCUCCAAGAAAUCAAAGGACCUCGAGAUGUCACUCAAGAAUUUGUUGUUCGCUCCAAGCUGCGUGAUCUUAACAAUGCUUGUCGUGAAUGGGAUCAGCUGUUGGAGCAGCAGAAAGAAAUUGAGGACAAGCUUCAAGAAUUGGAAGCAUCACCACCAAGGCAAGUGCAAAUUGAUGUGUACUUAUCAUCACGAGAUCGUCAGAUAUUGGACUGGCACUUCGCAAACCUGGAAUUUGCCAACGCAACUCCACUGAGCAACCUGUCACUGAAGCACUGGGACCAGGACGACGACUUCGAGUUUACUGGAAGCCAUCUAACAGGCUGGAGUGGUAUUAUCUAGGGUAUCUGGAAUGCGCAUAGUUUGUGUUGUGGCGGCCACCAUAACGGAGACACAGCUCGUUGUGGAUGUAAUGAUUCAGGGGUUCAUAAUUACUCUUGAAUAUGGUUUUCUAGCAAGUGAAUCAGCAUGUAUUGAUAGUCUGAAUCAUUUUCAGAGCAAGCACUUAAUGAUAUUCCCUCGUCAUAAGAUUAUGACUUCUUACCUUAGAAAUCCAAAAUUUUGUUUUGUGGUCUUUACUAAGUUUUGUCAAUUCCAAUUAUUUGUAUUGCUUGAUUUAUGAGAAAUAUCUCCUAAAAUGAGCAACUUUGUUUCAAACUGAUGCAGGGCAGCAAAAAUGUUAGUAAUAUUUAAGUGUAGAUUGUAUCAUUGUGGUAUUUUUUGUUUCAACUGACUAUUAUUAGUGUUAUUACUAUUAAUUUUUUUGAAGUAAGUAUUAAAUAGCGAUAUAAUACAAUAAAACCUGGAUUAGAAAAAAAAACAAGUACUUAUUAUAUAGUUGUCACACCACAGUGUCCCUUGUAAUUUUAGUAAAGAUGAAAUACACUAUAUGAAGGUAUACGCUUCUUUUUCAUCAUUUGUUAGGUAAAAGCGCUUGUACCUACAGGGAAGCACAGUUUGCAAUUUUCCGCUCUUGAUGUUUUAUUGUAUGCAGUUUUAUGCCCUUGAACUGGUCUUAAGGUCACCUGAUCGUAAAUUGUAAGUAAGAAAAUUAUGAAAACAUAAUCUUUAGCAGUUUUAAACAAACUAUCUGUUAUGAUUAACUUGUGAAUUAUAAAUCAUUUUGUUUUUGUCUGGGUUUCAAAAAUUUUGUGUUGAAGGUUCCUAACUCACAAAUAAAAAUUAUAAAUAAAAAUAUGUGAAUGUAUAUGAUUAUGGUGUAGAGUGUGAAAAUCAAAUGAUAUUUGGGCUCAUUCCAGAAUACCAGCAAUAUGUAUAUGUGAUAAUGUAUAUGCUGAAUAAAUUUCUGAGUGCUGAAUAAAUUUCUG